AUGGCGGGAAUACUCACAGUAUCUCCCUCUGUAGCCGAAUAUAGUGUCCCGCCGUGUAAGAAAAUGAGGAAGGACGAUGAUCAUCCAAUAAAAACGAUAACAAAUUACUUCUCACCCGUGUCGAAAAUUCCUGAGAAGGUACUUUCAUCACCGAGGUCCAGCAACAUUGCGGACUAUUUUAAAAAGUGUUCUCCAACUACUAAAACCUCAAGCCCCAAUCAGGACAGCAGUCAGAAGAAUGUUACAAAUAACCAAACACCACCUACUUCAAAGGAACCUGGGAAGCUUAGGAAACGGGGGAAACGGACUAGUUUAAGUAAGAAGCUUAACGAUGUAAAGCCAGAAAAUGAAUCUGGCGCAGUGGAUGCAACUGAGACCGUUUGCACUGGAACUGGUUUUAUGGGGAGUGAUACCGCGGCUUUACUGGCUGAAAUAUGUAGUAACAAAGAUGAAUUUGAUGAAAAAAGCAAAUUGGAUAUUUCUACAAAUACAAAAUCUCCAGCUGCUAGUGAAACACGGGUUUCUUCGAAGUCUAGGAAAAGGAAGACUGAUAACUCUAUGAAAUCAAGUAACUUUCAGGCAGUACAACCUGAUGUUAGUGUGUCGGAAGACUCUUCCGUACCCAUUGGGAAUUCUUUGCAAACUGACAAUACUUCAAUAGAUUUGAGUCUUGAAGUUAAUACAAGAGAGAACUCGCAUAACACGAGCAGCACAGUAACUGUUUCAUUUGAGGAUUUCUUAAAAAGUCACGAAGAGGCAACCCAAGAUGUCACAUCUGAUUCCAAACGCAUUGAGACUGAUGAUAGCACAGGUAAUUCUGCAGCAUCUGAAAACCGUGAGUCUGCUCCUAACACUAUGACAGUCCAUGCGCAGAUUCAUCUCACACCUCCAUUGCAGAGUCCUAGUACGAAAAAAAAAAAAUCCAAGAAGAUUGCGGCAAUAUUCCUGAAAAAAGGAGACUUGGACGCUAAAGAUAACCAACAUUCACCUGAACAAGUUGAUCACGUGUUCCAGAAAAGAAAAUCAAAUGUGGUUAUAUUGGAGGAGGAUUUAGAAUUGGCUGUUCUUGAGGUUGAAAAUGGUGAACCUUUAAAACAGAAGAGUUCUGUGGCAGAGAGACAACAGUUCAUGAAAGCCUUCAAGCAACCUGGGGACAUGCCAAAAUGCACAGGUAAAAAAAGCCUGGGGAAAAAGAAAGAUUCAGAUGAGGUAUUGACACCAGUGGCAUCUGGUUGUGAGAAAAGGCAAGAUUCCGAAAUUGAUGUGGUGGUGCUAAGCACAGAGAAAAAAGACGAAAGCCAACAGAAAAAGAAGUCAGGGGAACAAGUCACUGGUUUGAAAUUAAAGAAAAGGGUGAACAAAGUCAAACCAAAUACUGAUGCAAAUACAGAAACAAAAACACAAGUCAGUGAGAGAAAAACCAAAAAGACGUCAAGCACCCCCACAGAUGAGCAGUCAGAGUCGCCAGCUGUUGGCACUGGUUUAAGGAGGAGUACCAGGUAUUGUAAAUCUGACACAUCCCCAUUAAAGUCACCUGUGCAAGAAACUUCAAAAGUGGAUGCUCCUGUCUUGAUGUCGACACCAAAAGUGAAAACACCUUGUCGAAAAGGUGAUGUGUACAGAGCUGAAGUUAUAACCAUACCAUCUGACACAGAGUCCCCAAUUAGGAUGAGAUUUACAAAGCUUACCAGGAGACGUUAUAAACGCCGUUCAGCAGAAGAUGAGGUGUUUACCCCAAAAAGUAAAAAGGUUUCUGUCCACGCUAAGAAAUUGAUUGAAAAAGCAAAGGCAAUCCAGAAAAAUAUAGCCACGGCUGAGACUCCUAGGAGGCAAUCAUCCAGACACCGACCUGAAAAUAAAUCUGUCUUAGAGGAUCCUGCUAAUAAAAUAGAUAUUACCAAAGAGAGACCCUCGAAAUCAGCAAAGAAAAAAAAUCUCAGGAGCUUAAAUGAUGUGUUGGGAAAGAAGGCUAAAGUUAAGAAUUGUGAUAUUUCUUCUGGGAAAAGGAAAUCUAGUGUUAAAAAUCCUUCCCUCAUCACAGUCAUAGAUGACAGUUCAGAGGUGUCUGAAAGCUCUCAGGACAAUGAACAAUGCAAAGCAAAACGUGAGUUUCUUAUGAGCGGAUUACCGGAUUCCUUGAAGAGGCACAUUUCUAAAACUGCAGCAUUUAUGGAAGCUUACUCCUUGUCAAGUUCCUCCUUCCAGACUGUUGUACACGUACAGCAGAAAGACAGUUGCCCUAUGUGGAAUCUUAAUAUGCCAUCCUGCCCGCGGCUGACACUGCUUGAACACAUUAGUAUUGAUAUUCCCAAUUUGGCGAAGAAUUCUCUCUCUCUUGGCGACUUCACCUCUGCUAGAACUGAGCAAUCGGUCCACUUUAAUUCAAGCUUGGUUACAAGUAGAGCAGUACUCUCAGAUGUGAUCCGCAACUGUCUUUUAGAGGAAAUUUGUGCUUCCGGAGCUCUCUUUCCAGUAAAAAGAUUUCUGCAGCAGUUUCUUAAAAAGCAAAGUGAUCAACUUCAAGAGGCCAGCAAGCAAGUUGACCAGUUACUAGAGAGAAAAUUAGGUGAUGAAGUGAUACUAGUAGAGGAUUCUGAGAGUCCAGAGAAUAUCAGGACUAAGCGGAAAAGGAAAGAGUCUAUUGGCACAAAGUUUAAAAGGAUAAAAUCUGCCAAUACAGAAGAGAGUGAUGACAAGCCUCUGCCCACUCCUGAGGUUCCAAAACAAAGGACAUCCAGGGGCUCACUCUUCAGAACUUCUAAGAAGCAGCUGGAGGAGAGUAAGGCUCAAUCUCCCAUUGAAGAAAAAACCCCAGCAGUCUCUGCAGAUGUGAUCACUGAGGAUGUUCUCUGGACAGAAAAAUACCAACCGCUGAAUUCCACUGAAUUAGUCGGCAAUUCUGGUGCCAUAAAACGGCUACACAGUUGGCUGAAGGAUUGGAAAAUCCGAGCCGAAAAGGAAGAAAAAAGAAGUCGCAUAAAUAAGACGGAAAAGGAUAAAAAUGAUACUUGGGGCCAAAGUGACUUCACUGACAACUCUGAUAGUGAUGACGAUGAAUCCCUCUGUAACACCAUGCUGAUUUGUGGGCCUCCCGGAGUGGGCAAAACAGCUGCAGUUUACGCCUGUGCCCAGGAACUGGGAUUCAAGGUAUUUGAAGUGAACGCCUCUUGUCAGCGCAGUGGAAGACAGAUUUUAACUCAGCUUAAAGAAGCCACACAGUCUCAUCAAGUAGAUCAGCAGGGCGUUAAUGCUCACAAGCCAUGCUUCUUUAACAGUCACGGUACCACGAAGUCUCCAAGAAAAUUUAACUCUCCAAAGCGUGUGAUCUCAUCGCCAAGGAAACCUCCUGGGUCCCCUAGAGGAGCUGGACUACAGAAAGGGUUGGCUCCUAAAUCUUUGGCAAACUACUUUAAGGUUCCUGUGAAGCAGAAAAGUGACAAUUCUAAAACCCAGGAAGUUUCCAGUAAAUCAGAAACAAUAGUUGUGGAGGAGAGUCCAAACAAAACUAAUAAGAAUCAGGUCCCAGCUACAGACAAAGGAAAUGGAUCUGAUGAAUCUCAGCGAAAAACUGCCACCUCCCUUAUUCUCUUCGAAGAGGUAGAUGUUAUAUUUGAUGACGAUUCAGGAUUUUUAAGUGCGAUCAAGACCUUCAUGGCCACAACAAAACGACCUGUAAUUCUCACUACAAGCGAUCAUACAUUUGAUUUGAUGUUCGAUGGAAUUUUUGAAAAAAUUGUAUUCCAUACACCAUCCAUUGCCAAUGUUGCCAGCUAUCUCAGAGUACUCUGCUUGGCUGAAAAUCUCCGGACAGACUCUAAAGACUUAACUACGUUUUUAGCUGCCAAUAGAUGUGACAUUCGACAGAGUGUUCUUCACUUACAGUAUUGGGCUACAAGUGGAGGAGGUGGCUUGCAAGAAAAGCCACUUGCAUUAAGUUGUAAACAAGAUGGGAAUGCUUCUGGGAAGGAUGGAAAAGAUGUUAAUCCUGAUGAUAUCCCAAAAUGUAAUUCUGGCUGUGCAGAGAAUGCAAUAGGUCUUAAUAACAUUAUUUCUCCUGCUGAAGGUUUGAUAUGUUUUGUAAAGAAUAACAUUUCUCACAUCAAAGAACAGAGCAGGAUCAUACAGCUACUCACAGAGUUUCAAACUAAGAGAAUACACUUUAUAGCAAGCAACCUGGAGUUUCUUCUUCCAUUACCGCUUCAUGUCGUGGAGUCAAAAAAACAACCUUUCACAAACAUUUCAGGCCCGGAAUCUUUGGACUUAAAGGCUGAAACUGUGGAUGAGAGUCCAAUAAAAGUAUCUGUGAGGAUGAAGCGCAAGAAACAGCUAUUCCUUCUGAACGAUAGUGAUUUGUUUGACUCGGAGUCUAUAGACGAAGUACUCAAUUUGCCAUCAGAUAAUUUACCGCCUAAGGAAAAUGACCUGCCCACCUGUGGAGCUCCAGUGACUAUUGAACAAAGGAAGCUCACAGAGACUGAAAAGAAACAGUCAGGCUUGGUGCAUCAGUGUCUGGGGUCUGUCGCAGAAUUUGUGGAUAACAUGUCAUUUUUAGAUUGUUUUACUUAUCAUGCGACAGAGCGAGCAGAGUUUCGCCAUUCGCACUGGACGGAAAGCAGAAUUAAAAAUGGGCUUUGUGAUGAGUUGCGGACAGAAAGCAGUGACUGGUGGAGCGGUCACAGCUCUGUGGAGCUUAAAGCCACCUUGGAAGCGCUUUCUUUCCACAAAUGUUACUCUGGCAUUUCAAGAGUCAUUGAUAUUUGCAAAGAAUCUGGAGAAGACCUAAGCAAAGAUUUAACAGUACAGGUAUCCAAAGAGCGUGAGACUGUAUCUUUCGGUCAGCCCUCAAUUUAUUCAGAUGUUGCUGAAAGGCGCCUCUCUGUGGUGAGAAGUAUACUAUCCAGUAAAUCCUUCCUAACGCUGGGUAACAGACAAGCAAAUGUAACUGAAUAUUUGCCUGCCCUUCGUAAUAUAUGCCGAUUCCAAAGAUUGAAGGAACAAGAGAAGACAAAACGAAGGUUUCUUCAUUAUUUCGAAGGAAUUCACCUCGAGUUACCAAAACACACAAUGAGUAGUUUAGCUGCUGACUUUCCAUGAAGUGGAUACACAUGCCAGACUGUUCCCUGCGUGAAUUUAUAAUUGGACACAGACUUCAACAACUACAGACAUUCUUUUCUGGCAUAAUGUUUUUCUUAAGACACAGAUGUGCAAAAGAUUUCAAACCAUGACCAGUUCUAGCAA